GUCCCGCUGGGGUAAAUGAAAUGUCAAUUCGGGAAUGAAUAAAAAUUCAUUAUUUUGUUAUCUUUAAUGAAAGUAAAAGCUCCUUGAACUUGAACGAGCGCGCUCUUAUCUGUGAGUGAAUUCUAUUGUGAAAUUGUCUCGCGUGCUCAAACGCGCCUGUACGAGGAAAAAGUCUCUGGUGAUCAGUGUGACGAUGGCAACUCUUCCGCCCCGGAAAAAUCCAACCCCCACGAAAAUAUCCAAACAGCACCUUUCUCCCCUACAGACCCUUCUGCAGAUGGGCUUCCCGAAGCACAGAGCGGAAAAAGCUCUGGCCGCUACUGGGAACCGGGAUGUUCAGCUGGCUUCGGAUUGGCUCCUGACGCAUGUUAAUGAUCCCUCACUGGAUGAGUGCUCCCCGCGUGAAUACAUCCUCUACGCCUGCCCCACAGGACGUUUUCUCGAGCAAAUCCACAAUUUCUGGGCCAAGUCAAAAGAACUCUGUGGCUGGAAUGGGGCUCACAACUUUACGCCCCACAUCACUCUCGUCUCAUUCUUCAAGGCCCCAGAUGAGUGUGCCCCUCAGCUCUCACGUGCCCUGAAGCAGGUGGUUGAGCAGACGGCUGUUAAUUUGGAUCGUCCGUUGAAGCUGGAGCAGUAUACGAGUCACAAUUUUAUGGGAUUCUUUGUUGUCGAAGAGGAUGCCAACUACCUCAAUCGUCUGGCACUGCAGUACGUCAAGGAAGUCUCAAAUUCAAUUAUCAGCGACACGUACGAGCAACUGGACGCGCUGGUGGCGUGCUUCCCGUGGUGUGGCGGUGUCACAUCCGGGGCACGAUGCAUCCCGCGCAGCAGUCGAUCCAUUUCCCUCGAACCACACGUUAAAUCGCUACACCUCACUCUUGCUUAUCAAUUCCCCGAGGCACAGUAUGGUACGUUAAAAUCCCUCGUUGACAAUCUGGAUCCUUCAUGUGCUUCCGCAUGGGAGCUAAGACUCUACUCGAGAGAUGCAAGGCUCGCCACGAAGCAGGUGCACAAGAUUCUGUAUCCGCACACUCCACGUGAGCCAGAUGAACUUGAGCUCAUGAUUGGGGAUUACAUCUAUCUCAGCAGUGAUGCCCUGCAGAAUACUCAAGAUGGCUGGGUGGAGGGAAUUUCCUGGCUCACCGGGAUGAGUGGCUUCCUACCGGAAAACUACACCGUUCGUACGUCUGAAUCCGACGCUUGGACCAUGCAUCGCACUGUUCAGCUCUGCAAGGCUAUCUUGGCACCAGAAGAGGGAGAUGCGGCCAAUGGAAAGAUGCCAGAUCCCCAGGAUAACAUCUCCGAGAGUACUGCACCAAUUGAGGAUGUUUCCAUGACGAAGGAAGAUUCUGUGCCGGAUUUCUAUGGUGCUGAAAUGGCCAAGACAUUCCAGCAGAUGAUCAAUAGCACCGGGAAUGCGUCCAUUUUGUCCGAAGCUGUGGACAAGAGUGCCAAAUCUGUGACACCUGAAGUAUCUGGACGAGGUCGUAGGAUAUUUGUGAUGCGCCACGGUGAACGGGUGGAUUUUACUUUCGGCUCGUGGAUCCCGUAUUGUUUUGAUGAAUUUGGCAAUUAUACCCGGAAAGAUCUCAAUAUGCCCAAAACACUGCCACGGAGGAAGAAUGUUAUCCUCGGGUGGCAGAAGGAUUCGCCGCUCACGAAUGUUGGGGUCUACCAGGCAAAUUUAAUUGGGGAAGGACUCCGUGAAGCUGGAGUUAACUUCUCUCACGUCUAUUCCUCGCCAUCCUUUCGAUGUGUCCAAACGGCAACGGGUGUGCUCACAGGGAUGAACAUCAAGGAUACAAUGCCAAUAAACUUGGAACCAGGAUUCUUCGAAUGGCUUGCCUGGCAUGCUCAUUCAGGGGAGAAUGUCGUUGAAUGGUGCUCAAAGCAGGAGCUAACAGAUACCGGCUUCAACAUUGCCAUGGAUUAUCAGCCGUGUAUCCCAGUUGAUCAGCUGCACAACCACUACAGUGAAUCCUUGGAGCAAUUCUACGAUCGCAACAACACCAUCACCCGGGAGAUCAUCAAAAAGACAACAGGAGACAUUCUAAUUGUUGGCCACGCCAUCACCCUGGAUGCCUGCACAAGAGAUCUCUGCGCCAAACCUCCGCGCCAGUCAUCAGAGCUCAAUAAACUCAUGCAAAAGGUAACCUACUGCAGCCUCGUUGCAGCUGAACAGGUAGGUGAGAAUGAAUGGCGCAUCGGAGAGCCUCCAUGCUACCCAGUAACUCACACCAACAACCAGCGCUUCGAUUGGAAGAUUCUCUCGGGAUAAUUUGAUCCCGUACAUGCAUUCCCACACAGCACACGUCUCGAAAGAUUAACAAACUUCCUAUAUAAAGAAAAAAUUAAAACGUUUAAGGAAAACUCACUGAAAGUGGAUGGUUCAAUUAACAAAUGGCGAAAGUUAAAAAAAAGCAAUUUCCAAUUUUUCAAAAAGAAAGUUAGCAGCGAAAGUCUUCUAGUCAUUUUUUUUCAAUAAUGCAUGCAUUUUUUUUACAAUAGUUUCAUUUUCAAAAAUUUCAUUUUUUGAAAGAAUAAAAUAAUUCCUGUUUCGUGUACUGCUAAAUAGAAUUCGACGUUAGAUGUAUCUCCAUUAGAUAUUGGCCCUCUGUUGAGAAAAUUUGAAAAAAUAUGUUUUUGUGUUUUUUUUUUUGGUAUUUAGGGCCUGUAUAAUAUAGAGAUAAAGGGCCUUAUUCAGCGAUCAAGAAACCCUUGAAAUUGGCUUGAAAUCUUGAAAUUUCAGUGCAAAAUUCAAAGAUUUCAAGGGUUUCUUGGUCGCUGAAUUAGGCCCAAAAUUAUCUAUAUUCAAAGAAACAUUUUAUUAACCCUAGAACCUGGCCUUGAACACAGAUUUGUCCAUUGCAAUAUGCAGUACAAGAGGAAAACAUUUUCUUUAAUGAUUUUGAGUGCAUAAAAAUAGCAUAAAUGCUUUAUUUCCAUAAAAGUCGAAUUGUUUUUGUAAAAGGACGACUUUUAGAGUUUUUGGGCGAAUUUUCAAGAAUAUCGAUUAAGAAUUGACUUGUCUAGAUUAAUUUUAAAAUCAGACUGCGAGAAUUUCUUAUAAUUCCUGGGCAUAUCUGGGUUAAAGCUAAAAAUGAUACAGAUUGAUUAAAUAAAAUGUUCUAAAAAAUCAUAAAAUAGUAAAUUUAUUAAUAUUCUACUGAAAAUUCUCAAAUUAAUUUAAUUCCAAUGAAUACACUUACUCCCAGUCUCUUCUAUGGUAAGAAAAUCUACUAAAAAUUAACAAUUUCUCAAUUCAACGUGAAUUAAAAAAAUAAAUAAAAUUCAAGGAUUGAACCAUCCAUGUUAAAAUUUGCCUCUCAAUAAUUAUAAAACUUACGGUUCUUAAAACUAAAAUAAAAUAUCGCCAAUCCAGUAUACGCUAAAGUGAAUUUAAAUGAAAGAAGAAAAAAACAUUCAAAGAGUACAAUAAACGUAACAAUAAUUUAUGAAGCAAAUUGAAAAAAAAAACAUCACAGAAUCGGUAAAAAAAAUCUUUUAAAAAAACAUAAUUCUUAAGAAUAUUUAGUGGGGAAUAUAUUUGCGCGGAAUCUUUUAUGAAUUUAUAUUAAUCUUUUAAAAUAGAAUGAAAAAUAUUCUUUUAAAGGAGAUUUCUCUCAAGUUCGAGGCUUGACGUCCUCAACACGUGAUUUAUGCUAAAGUUACUCUCUUUUGUGAAAGAAAAAAAACAAACAAUGUAUGACUUCUUUUGAGCACCAAUUUCUCUGGGAAGAAGCCGCUACGGCGACUCGUGAUUUAUUUUCUAUAAAUGUACACACACAUAUUAAUUCCUUUUAUGUCUCCUCAAUGUGUUUAAGAAACACCCACAAAUUGAAUGUAUAAAAAAUGGAUAAUUGUAUGAUUAUAGAAAUGAUAAAAAUAAAGAAGAAAAUGAUGAAAAAAAAA